ACGUCAACUGCAAGAGAAAACUACCCACGGCCACCAAACGUUGCCCCCAUGGAUGCGCCUUCCGUUUUAACUUCACUCCCGCCUCGAACCAACCCGAUGCCUUGAUACCGGUUCUAAAUCGCCAAAAUGGACACGCGAUCGAAGCGGAAAGCUGCACAGCAGCUCACCCCGCCCUCGAGUUUCCUGACGACGCGUCCGACAACGCGUCGCAGUCGCAACAUUCCCUUCGCCGCCGCCAUCGACGACGGCACCAACGGGCGCCCGCCGGCCGGGCCCCCAGCCUCGAGGUCGCGCUCGGAGCCCGGGGCCACAAAAGCCAGCGACAUCCACAGCUAUGGCACGCGCAGCCGCCGCCGCGCCAUCGUCCUCACCGGCCCCGACACCGUCGCCAGCCAGGAGCUGGCGGACGGCGGACGACGUGACGGCCAACACGGGACGGCGGCCGACAGCGACAGCGAAGACGACGACGACGACUACGACAACAUCCCCGCUGCAUUCGCACCCGCCCCCGCCGCGCCGCGCCUGAGGAAGCGCAAAGCCCCCGUCGCCGGGAUCCUGAACGCGGAGCCCUCGCCGCGCAAGGCCAAGAGGACCAAGCGCAGGGGCCCGGCUCUCGCCGCCUCUGAUGCAAUGCGCUCAAUACCAGAUGGAGCUUAUGCGAGCAGCGACGGCGGUGGCAGGCUUGCGACCCGAUUGCGGUCUAAGGGACAGAAUCGCGCCGCGCAGCCUCCUGUCGAUCUACCCCGCCCGCCCGCGGGCCGAGGGGGUCAGAGCGGUCGCCGAGGGAGUGGGAAGGCCUUUGUUGAAGAUGUGGAGGAUCGUGUACGGGGCGAUGAGACCAACGAUCAAGCGGAGGAUACCAUCGAGGUUCAGGGUGAUCAGCAGGGAGAUGCGACCGAGGGUGGGGGUGAUCGAAGGGGGGAUACGACCGAGGUUGAGGAUGACCAAGAGGAGAGUAUAUUCGUGGCUCAGGACUAUCGAGAGGAUAACCACGGGAGCCAGGAGAAGGAGCACCAAGACGGCAUGUCCAAAUUACUCGACGAAGAAAACAGCCAAUUCGACGACCAAGAAACUGAAGAAGAGGCACGGCCAGAAUACGAAGAAGCCAACGGUCCAGACCCAGAGGCUAGAGAGGCGGAGUAUGUAUAUGAAUCGAGUCGAGAGGUGGAAGAGGAUGACUACGUGGCCGAGGAGGAUACCGUGGACGACGACGACGACGGCGACGACGACGGCGAUGCCGAGGAGGAACAUAGUCAUGCCGAGACGCCAGACGAUGACAACCGCCAAGCACUCCAACCUCGACCCGCUUCCUCUUUGUUCAGGCCUGCCUCCUCUCUGCCUCGACCUGCCCCACGCCCUGAACGCGGGAUCGCAGUCCGUAGGUCGGACGCCCCUUACGAGGUGCCUUCGGAUAACGACGAGGAAGCCGCCGUCGGCUCUGUCGACGGCGAUGAACGCGCCGCCGGUUCUGUCGACGACGACGCACGCCCUGAUGUUAGACACCGUGAACUUCCGCUAGGGUCUGAUAAUCAAGCUGCAUUGGAGCUAGAGCUUACCACGGUCUCACGAGGCUGCAUAUUCAAGUUGACCCGCCUUAUGGGCAAGGAAGCCUGGGCUGGAUCUGGAGACUCGUGGCCACAGCGGCUUCCACGCGCACCAGAUUCUAAUAUCGGUCCCGUUCGAGAUCUUAAGGAUAGCUUUGAGGAUUUAAAAAACAACCUCGCCCACGCGCCAAGGAACACCGAUCUCGUGCAGCAGGCGCGCUUCUUCCGCUACCACGCGCCGCUGUUCGAGGACACCAUGAACUCCAUGCGGACUCUCGUCGAAAGGAUUGCUCGCUAUCUGCGCCACGGACGGAGGCCCGCCACUCUGGCCCGGGACCUGAUGAAGACGGCAUUUCCGAUGGGAGUGCUCGCCCUCGGUGAAGCGUUCGACGUUGCCGGCACCCGGCCGCCCGGGCCAGGCCGGCGCUAUGCCGACUUUUCCGUCCCCAUGGCCGCAAUAGUCCAAUGCCUCGCCAGAUGUAUGGGCGACCUGCUAGUGGCGAUGCAGGGCGUACCAACGGGGGGUAGCGAGCACGAGAGCCAGCUGCACCAGAAGCAACGGGAUACAUUCCUGGUGUCUCUGACGGAGCUACGGGAGGGCCUGGCCAGGGCCGAGGAUCAGGCCGUGGCGAACGCGGCGGAAGUGGCCAGGCGCGAGGAGCUCGAUCGCGAGAGGGAGCUCAUCCAGCGCCAGGACCAGUUGCGCGCCAUGGAGCGCGACGAGCGGCUGCGCAGGAUCCGGCAGCGCGACAAGGCAGAGGCCGAGGCGGACAGGCGCAGGCGCGCGGCGGAGGUGGCGCCGCGCCGGCCCGAGCCCGCCAACGCCGCCCCCGCAGCAGCAGCAGCAUCAUCAUCAUCGGCGGCGGCGGAAGAAAACACGGUCGCGCCCUGGGAGCGUGAGCCCGAAGAGCAGGAGGACUGGAGGCCGACCCGGGCCCAGAUCGAGUACGUCGUCGAGGUGCUGGGGGCUCUCGGGCCCGACGAACGGUUUCCGCUCUCGGCCGUCGCGGCUAGGCUCGAGCGGACGGCGCCCGAGGUGGCCGAGCUGAAGCGCAACGUCACGGACAUGGCCAAGCGCAGGUACGCGGAGCAGGGCGUGCCUGCCGACGAGCAGCCCGACUGGGUGUUCAAGUGA